AUGGACAAUGAGACGGUGGUGUUUGGCAUGGACUUAGUGCAGGUAACUAUUACCAAAAGUACUUUUGUUUUAAAUUAUUACACCCUGAGUUUUCUGCAUUUCAGGCUCAUCAAAGAAAAUAUGGCGGCAAUAUCAUCUUGGGUGCCCAAAGUAUCAGCUUGUAAACCUGAUACGAAGCCUGAGGACAUUCUACAAACUCAACCUCUGAUUUCAAAUUAAGACCAGACAUCUAGGCCCUCAUGUCAAGAAAAACUAUCUGUAUCAAACAGUGCAAUAAAAUCAAUUCAGCCUUCAAGUCUACAAAAGCCAUACAUGCCAUCCAAUGCACAAAGACCAGCGAGAUACUCAAAUACAGAUAAGUCAUUCAUACCAUGCACUGUAAAAGCAUCAAGUAGGCAAUAAGAUUUGAAAAGGCCAACCAAAUCAAGCUGCCAAAGAUUACAUAAGUCACAUCACCUGGAAAAGUCAUAUAAGAAACACAACCUUUAAAAAUCAUAUAAUCUUAUCCACACCUGUAAAUUAGCUAGUCAAGUCAAUUCAUCCAAUUCAAAGAAGCAAGUCAUACAACCAUGGCUAGCUAUUCUGUAAUCUUCAAAUAUGCUAGCCAAACAAUCUUGUCCAUCAGUCUCACAUAAUCAAAUCCUGUCCACCAAACCAUGCAGAAUAAAGAAACCAAACCAGUCACAUGGACACCAUGAUCUGAAAAAGCCAGUGAGUACAGGAAAGGCUGCAUUACCCAGGAGGCAUCUAUCAGACAAAGUUUGCUGA